CAUAAGCCCCUUCUUCCCCGACUGCCACGUAACAGCUAAAGCUACGCAAGCGGCCGCAUCCCUGCAGAACUUCCUACCCGGCUCGGUUCACUCAAACCCGGGGACAGGGAUAAGAUUCACACCGCUCACACGGACACGGGGGAGUCAUGGGGGGAACACAGAGCGUGGAGAUUCCUGGAGGAGGCUCGGAAGGCUAUCAUGUCCUUAGGGUGCAGGAGAACUCGCCUGGACACCGGGCCGGACUCGAACCAUUCUUCGACUUCAUCGUGUCCAUCAAUAACACCAGACUGAACAAGGACAACGACACACUGAAGGAUCUGCUGAAGGCCAACGUGGAGAAGCCAGUGAAGAUGCUGGUGUACAGCAGUAAGACUCUGGAGCUGCGCGAGGCCACGGUCACGCCCAGCAACAUGUGGGGCGGUCAGGGGCUGCUGGGGGUCAGCAUCCGCUUCUGCAGCUUUGAGGGAGCCAACGAGAACGUGUGGCACGUGCUGGAAAUAGAGCCGAACUCUCCGGCUGCUCUGGCAGGACUGAGGCCGCACACAGACUACAUCAUCGGGGCCGACACCGUCAUGAACGAGUCUGAGGACUUGUUCUCAUUGAUAGAGACCCAUGAGGGUAAAGGACUGAAGCUGUACGUUUAUAACACGGACACAGACAGCUGCAGAGAAGUCGUCAUAACUCCCAACAGCGCCUGGGGUGGAGAGGGCAGUCUGGGCUGUGGUAUUGGCUACGGUUACCUGCACAGGAUUCCCACUCGGCCGUUCGAGGAGGGGAAGAAGAUCAGCUUCCCUACACACACUCCCAGCGCGCCGGCGAGCCCACUGAAGGACGGCUUCACUGAGGUUCAGCUCUCUGCAGUAACCCCGCCUCCUGUUACAGCCCCCACUGGACUUGAGGAUAGCCUGUCUGGGCUGUCAAUCAAUUCAGCUCCUCCCACUAUGCCCACCGAGCUUCAGACAGGUGUGCCCACUGUCCCCCUGCUGCCCACUCAGGUCACCCCAGCCAUGGGCACUCUGCCCUCGGUCAACCCCGCCACUACGCUACCAGGGUUAAUGCCGUUACCUGCUGGCCUUCCCCCGCUGCCCAACCUGCCUAACCUCCCCAACCUGAACAUCCCUCUCCCAGACCUCAGCGGAGUAUCGUUAACAGGAAUCCCCGGCCUUCCUUCUUCCACCACAGGUUUGCCGUCUCUGCCUCCUCUCGCCCCCCUCCCUCCUCUCAACCUGCCUGGCAUGGCCCCGAUUCCCAGCAUGCCCGGCGUCUUGCCCUCCACUCUCCCCUCUACUCUACCCCCAAUGCCUGGCAUGUCCCUUCCCUCUGACCUCGUUCCGCCCAUCGUCCCGGCAACCUGCUCCCUGACGCCCAAUCAGACGCCGGCGCUCAUCCUGGACGCUACGCCGAACACCGCCGCCGCCAUGACCGAGACACCCGCAGAGACGCCCGUCGUCACGGCGACAAGCACGACGGAGAUGUGCGCACAUGUCCAUGUCACCGCAGAGUCGUCAUAACAACCAGGCUUUUUAUCUGCAUCCUAAAAACAGGCCUGUCUCUCUCUCUCUCCCCAUAUAUAUAGCUAUAUCUCUCUCUCUCUCUCUCUCGCUCCCUCACUCCGAUCCUGUCACAGAAAAUGUAUUUAUUCAGUCUAAUAAAGAGCCAGCGGGCAGAAACACGUACAAAUCGCUCACGAGGACACACUGAGAAGGACACGGACGGGCAGUGUGACGGGCGCAUGCGGUAAAAGAACGAGAUUUUAAAUCCAGACAAAUCCAGAGAGGCCUGGUGUUAAUGUUAAUAAGUUUAAAAUGAAAGAGUUGUUUAUUCCACUAGAAGAAAUCUGCGUGAGAUUAGACUUGGUUCACAAUAUUCUAUAUGGAACACUGCGUUAUUUUCGCUGUCACUGUUAGCAAACCUACAUUUAUAAAAUUCUAUACGAACGAUCAAGGAGACAAAGCAUGCGCUUGUGUUUCUUUCAUCUUAAAAAUGAGAUUUAAUAAUAAAACAGGGAUUUUACGAACUUGUCAGUGACUCGAUAUACUGUUUAACAUCAAACAAGUUUAUAUUGCGUAUCAGAUUUCCUGUAUUGUUUCCUAAAUUAAUAACUAAAUCUCGAUUUGUCAAUUGUACAAUAAUUCCAGAGUCUUUAAAGAAACGUAAAAACACUGAUAUGUGUAAGUCGUUGCAGUGUGCACACUGAUAUCCAGCUUUACAUGAACAUGGAGCCUCUCUGGAUUUUGUCUUUCUAUUCCAUCUCUUUUGCUUUUGGAGUUUGUCACUUACUUUAUUCUUUUUUUUUUUUUUUUUUUUUUUUUUUAAAUUCUCUAACAGUAAGGUUAAAGUUAUGGUAUCACUAAAGCCUGUGUUAUUGUCCAUUAUAUGUUUGGAUUGUAUGUUUCCCUUAUUGUGAUUUAGACUUUUUAUUUGAAUGAUGAAUAAGCGGGAAUGUGUUUGUGUGUGUGGGUGUGUGUCGGUGUGUGUGUGUGUGUGUGUGUGUGAGUGAGAGCGAGAGAGAAAGUGUGUCCUCUCCCUCUCAGUGAGUUCUUUCUGCUGAUUAGAUUAACACAUACAGAAACUCAUACACACUAUAUAGACCAGUGGAUAAGUGGAACUAUGAGCUUGUGCAGAAUUGAAAACUUGUGACAAAAGCACACAAGCAAUAAAGUACCUGAGGUUUUACAGUAA